AUGUCAGAAAUCACAAUCAACAUCAAGUCAAGUCAAGACAAGAAAUACUCCCUAACAGUCCCCCUCUCCCUCACCGUCCGCGAAUUCAAAGACCGCGUCGCAGCCAUCUCCGAAAUCGAAGUCGAGCGACAACGUCUCAUUUACAGUGGCCGCGUACUCAAAGAUCCAGACACGUUGGAGAGCUAUAAGAUCGCGGAUGGGAAUACUGUGCAUCUCGUCAAGGGUGCCGCUACGUCAUCCACCUCCAAUCAACCCGCUGCGGCCGCACAGGUUCCGCAGAGCGUCUCGGCGGGGAUUAAUCCAAGUAACCCUCUUAAUGCCUUCACGAGUUCGCAAUACGCAGGCCACCAAAUCCCCCUCCCACCCCCCUCCCUCUUCGGCCCAGACGGUGGAAUGACAUUCCCCUCCACGGCCCCUGGGUCCUCCUCUGACCCCUCUUCCCUCCAACAAAUGAUGUCUGACCCAGCUACCCAAGCAGCAAUGCACGCCAUGCUCCAAGACCCCGCAAUGCUCGAUAUGAUCCUCGAGAGAUCCGGGCUGAGAAAUGUACCCGGAGCACGGGAGAUGAUGAGGAGUGAGGGGUUUAGGAGGGCGAUGUUAGAUCCGGGGGUUUUGGGGAGGGUUGGGGAGAUGGGCGGGAUGAUGGGUGGACAGCAAGGGAGUUUUCCGGCGCCGGGGGGACAACAGCAGGGACAGCAAGGGCAGCAGCAGGGUGUGGGGGCAGGACAGCAGCCUAAUCCCUUCGCGGGUAUCUUUGGCCCUGGAUCUAUUUUUGGUGCUGGUGCCGCUGGUGCUGGUGCUCCGGGUGCUGCGGGUGCAGGAGCACAGGCGAACCCGUUGGCGGGGUUGAUGUCCAUGUUUGGGGGUCCCGCCGCCGGUGCCGGUACUGGUGCUGGAGCUGGAACAAACCCCUUCGCUGACCCCGCCCUCCUCGAGAUGCUCAUGGGCGGUAUGGGCGGUGCUGGCGGCAUGGGAAUGAACAACCCCUCCACCGAGGCCGAGACCGACACGAGGCCCCUGGAGGAACGAUAUCAAACCCAGCUUGGGCAGUUGAAUGAUAUGGGUUUCCUCGAUUUCGAGAGGAAUAUUGCGGCGUUGAGGAGGAGUGGGGGGAAUGUUCAGGGGGCUAUUGAGGUUCUGUUGAGUGGGGGUGUUUGA